CACGCGCGCGCGCCUCGCCGAAUAUUCUGGGCAAACGCUCGCACUCUGUCUUCCGGCGGGUCGCUCGGUAUGUGUCUGCGCUCCUCACUCAUCCCCGAGUUGAAAAGGUGAAGGGAACGGCCGUCCGUAAGUCUCCGCGAUGCAGACUCUCACGCCUCACGUGUUCUGGGCUCAGCGGCACGGCGAAAUCUACCUGAGAGUGGAGAUCAGCGACGCGAAGAACCUUGACAUUAGUGUCCAAGAGAACAUCCUCCACUUUAGAGGCGAGGGUCACGGAGCAAAAGGAGAAAAUGAAUAUGAAUUCAACUUGGAGUUUUUAAAACCAGUGAAACCUGAGAUAAAACACAAGUCCACCCAGAGGCAGGUAAAUAUCACUGUGAGAAAACAGGAGCACUGCUGGUGGGAUCGGCUCACCAUGCAGGAGAAGAAGCCUCUCUUUCUGGCCCCUGACUUUGACCGCUGGCUGGAUGAGUCAGAUGCUGAGAUGGAGCUGAAAGAAAAGGAAGAGAAAAUAAAUAAACUGAGCAUUGAGUCAAGGAUUCCGAAGGACCCUUACCUUGGCUUGAAAAAGGGAUAUCUCUUUAUGUACAACUUGGUCCAGUUCCUGGGGUUCUCGUGGAUCUUUGUCAACAUGACUGUGCGUCUUUUCAUACUUGGGCAAGAUUCUUUCUAUGAUACAUUUCACACGAUUGCUGAUGUGAUGUACUUCUGUCAGAUGCUGGCAGUUAUUGAAGUAAUCAACCCUGCUUUGGGGUUAGUUAAGACUGGACUGAUGCCUGCUUUUAUACAGGUGACGGGAAGGAACUUUAUCCUUUUUGUCAUCAUUGGUAGCUUAGAGGAGAUGCAGAACAAACCAGUUGUUUUCUUCGUCUUCUAUCUGUGGAGUGCCAUUGAGAUAUUUAGAUACCCCUUCUACAUGUUGGCUUGCAUUGAUACCGAAUGGAAAGCACUAACUUGGCUCCGGUAUACAAUUUGGAUGCCCCUGUACCCACUUGGUGUGUUGGCUGAAGCUGUGGCUGUCAUCCAGUCUAUCCCCAUAUUUGAUGAGUCUAAAUUCCUAAGCAUUCGCCUACCGGAAGCCCUGGGCUCCUCCCUCAGCUUCUCUUAUGUCUUACAGCUCUACCUGCUGCUCAUGUUCCUGGGACUCUUCUUCAACUUCCGCCACCUCUACAAGCUAAGAAGGAGGCGGUUCCGCACAAAGAAGAGGAAAGCCAACUGAGGACCUGGAAAAA